AUGACCAUCAAAUCAGCAUAUGAAAUCUGGAGUUUCCUUAAGAAUGAAUACGAAGGAGAUGAAAGGAUUAAGGGAAUGCAAGCCCUGAAUUUAGUUAGAGAAUUUGAGAUGCAGAAAAUGAAGGAGUUCGAAACAAUUAAAGAGUAUGCUAACAAGCUUCUUAGCAUUGCCAACAAAGUAAGAUUGCUUGGUUCUGAAUUUUCCAAUUUAAGAAUAGUUGAAAAAAUACUGGUGACUGUCCCUGAAAGAUUUGAGGCUACUAUUACAGCCUUGGAGAAUACUAAGGAUCUGUCAAAACUUACCUUGGCAGAACUUGUAAAUGCUUUGCAAUCCCAAGAGCAAAGAAGAAGAAUGAGGGCUGAUGAUUCUGUGGAAGGAGUAUUGCAAGCUAAAUUGCAAAUUAACCAAGGAGAGAAAAGCAAGUGGAAGAAAUACAACAAGAAGAAUUUCAAUACACAAGAAGCAGCGGGUAACACUAGCAACAAAAGUGGAGACAACAACAAAGGAUUUCCUCCUUGCAAGCACUGUGGCAGAAUGGGUCAUCCUCCUUUCAAAUGUUGGAGAAGACCCGAUGUUAAGUGUGAAAAGUGCAACAAGUUGGGGCAUCAUGUGAGAAUUUGCAAAAGCAAUCUUCAACAAAAGAAUGAGGCUCAAGUUGCAGAUCAACAAGAGGAAGAAAAUCAAUUGUUUGUAGCAACUUGUUUUACAAGCAGUAGCUCAACUGGAUGUAGGUUAGUGGAUAGUGGUUGUACCAACCACAUGACCCACGAUCAAGAGCUUUUCAGAGAGUUAGACAGAUCACAUGUAUCAAAAGUUAGAAUCAGAAAUGGUGAUCCUAUCAUUGUUGAAGGAAAGUGA